AUGGGGACUAGGCAGAAAUCCAGGGCGUCGUUGUCAGCGGCAGAUGGAUCAGAGCGUCGUCGUGGCGGUGGAGCGCCGGGUGCGCCACGGCUGUACGGCAAGAUUCAGCGUCGCACAUCGAAGUUCAUGGCGCACGAUCCGGGCAACGAAGCGAAAGAGGGCGACGUGGUUGCCAUCGUCGAGACCCGGCCUCUCAGUCGCCGCAAGCGCUGGGCGGUGGUGCGGAUAGUCGAACGGACGGGACCUCUAGUAUUCUGCUCGGUAUUCCCAUCGUGGCGGAAGCGGACCGCGGGACCUUCCGGCGGGAGUCCCGCUGCCCCGGCAAGCGAGCACAGAAUCAUGAUCCAGAUGCAAUCGAUCCUCGAGGUCGCGGACAACUCCGGGGCCCGGAAGAUCGCGGUCAUCAACCCGAUAGGCGGGUCGACCGGACGUUUCGCGAAGCUGGGUGACCUCGUUACGGCAUCGGUGAAGGAAGCGGCCCCGCGCUCGGCGGUGAAGAAGGGGCAGGUCGUUCGCGCCGUCAUCGUGCGCACGGCGAAAGAGCACCGUCGGCGGGAUGGCAGCUACAUUCGUUUCGACCGAAACGCGGCGGUCCUGGUCACCGAGCAGGGCGAACCGAUCGGGACGCGGGUCUUCGGCCCUGUGGCGCGGGAGUUGCGGGAACGCAAGUUCAUGAAGAUCGUCUCUCUGGCGCCGGAGGUUCUCUGA